GUCACUAUCGAUAAGGCGCGACCCGAUGUCACCAAGUGUCCUUACCCCAGAUCAAUGCACAAAAACUCACGCGCAUAACAUAGGGAUCCAGACACCGUUUCGACACCAAUAAGACACCUUGAGCUCACCAUGGAAGCCGCCGAAACAUUCACACUUUUGCCCCUGCACAUGGACGAUGCCACAGGUACCGUCAGCGCAACAGGCACCGCAAACAACGCCCUCAACACCGAGCUCGCCGCGCUGAACGCACUCCACCGUGGCCUUCUCACUGUCGAGACCCCAACAGGCACGCCACCACCCCCUGUUCCCGUCAACCCCAAGCGCUCAGCACAGAUCGGCAAGCUGCGCGAAUCUGGUAACGCCGAGUUCCGCAAGGGCAACCCCGGUGCUGCUGUCAAGCUAUACACUCUCGCAGUCGACAUGGCGCUUCAGCGCCCCCACUGGGAGCCGUCUGGUCUGGUACGCGAAGAAGUCUCUGGGCUGUUGAGCAACCGCGCGCAGGCGAACAUGGCACAACAAAAUUGGGCCGAGGGCUCGGUAGACGCAGAGGCAAGCGUAGAAAUGAAAAAGGCUGGAAACGCGAAGGCUUGGUGGAGGCGAGGAAAGUGCUUGCUUGAGAUGGGCAGGCUGGAAGAGGCGGAGCAGUGGGUCAAGCAGGCGCUUGAGUUCGAAGCUACAGAACAAGAUCUGGUGCAAUUGAAGGCACAGAUCGAGAGCAGGAAAGCUAGCCAGGGUAGCGCAGCUUGAAGAGGAGCAUCGAGCUGGAGACUCAGGGACAAGGCCGGCGGGAUGCGCCCCGGUUCACAUGCAUUGUAAGGCGUCUGGCGCUUGUGUAUACCAGAAGCAUGGUUUGAUUUUAGGGCACUGUAUGCAUCAGUGGGCACAUCGUGGGUUAGUGAAUAUCAAGCGGGUACGAAGCAAGGACGGUCCAUACUAUUGGUUAGCUGCUUACUUUAUCUUCACCUGACUUCUCAGCCAUAGUGUCGUAUUUUCUUUUCGCUUUGCUAUCGCCCUCCAUCAUUGCACAGCUCUUCUCAACCCUUCACGUGGCUGCAUAAUCCACCUAGGCACGUCCGAC